UCAUCUAGCACACCGUCCGUCGAAGAUUCCACCGUUUGGCAAAACGUUUAAAACCGCCUGUGGUCUCUGAAAACCAUAUCAGUCGUUUCUAGUCAUCGAGGUUUUUUGAACAUUUCUUGUCGUUUAGCCAACAAGCAAACAUCGUCGAAAAUGUACAAACAAAUGCUCAUCGCACUGCUGGUGGCGGCAACCACAGUCUCAGCAGCUCCUACGCCUACUGCAGAUGCCGACGCAUCCGUGCUCAAUCAAGAACUGAUUAUCAAUGGAGAUGGCAGCUACGCGUUCAGCUACGAAACUAGCAACGGAAUCCAGGGCAACCAGCGAAGUAGUGACGGCAUUAAUGCAGUAGGUGAAUACUCCUACACCGAUUCGGACGGGGUAGAAUACCGGGUGAGUUAUGUAGCCGAUGAGCAUGGUUUCCAGCCGAAGGGUGAUCACCUGCCAGUGGAACCACCGGCACCGGAAUACGUGAUCAAGAUGCUGGAAGAUCUGCGCGCCACCAACGAUAAGGAGUUCGAUUUGGACGCCCUGGAUGCGGCCAUUGCGAGGCUCAAAGCUACGCAUGUUUGAGUACCCGCGCGGUACGAUGAGCGUUGAUAGGUUCUAAGUUUAUAGAAUGUUGUACAUAUUUCACAAAGGGCUAAGUUGGUUAGUGCAAUUAAACAUACAAGAAUUAAAUUUUUCCCAUACUUGAUCACGAAGAAAGCCCCG